AGCCCCGGCGGGGCCCGCACCCUCAGCCCCCUCGAGAGCCAUCGUGGGCGCGGCGCCCGGGAGCGAUUUGAUAUAUGACAAAUUGGUCUAAAAUGGCUGAGUUUUUUUCUGAGUAAAGUCACUGAAGCCAUCUCAGAAAGUCUGCACCAGGUGCAUUUGGUAUAGUGUCUGAGACGAAUUCAACCCAGGAGAUCAAAAUGAUCCUCAACUCUUCUGCUGAAGAUGGUAUUAAAAGAAUCCAAGAUGACUGUCCCAAAGCUGGGAGGCACAAUUACAUAUUUGUCAUGAUUCCUACUUUAUAUAGUAUCAUCUUUGUGGUAGGAAUAUUUGGAAACAGUUUGGUGGUGAUUGUCAUUUACUUUUACAUGAAACUGAAGACUGUGGCCAGUGUCUUUCUUUUAAAUUUAGCUCUGGCUGACUUGUGCUUUUUGCUGACUUUGCCACUGUGGGCCGUCUACACUGCUAUGGAAUACCGCUGGCCCUUUGGCAAUUACCUGUGUAAGAUCGCUUCUGCCAGCGUCAGUUUCAACCUCUAUGCCAGUGUGUUUCUACUCACGUGCCUCAGCAUCGAUCGUUACCUGGCCAUUGUUCACCCGAUGAAGGCCCGCCUUCGACGCACGAUGCUGGUAGCCAAAGUCACCUGCAUCAUUAUUUGGCUGCUGGCUGCUUUGGCCAGUUUGCCAGCUAUAAUCCACCGAAACGUGUUUUUCAUCGAGAACACCAAUAUCACGGUUUGCGCUUUCCAUUACGAGUCCCAAAAUUCAACCCUCCCCAUAGGUCUGGGCCUAACCAAAAAUAUACUGGGUUUCUUGUUUCCCUUUCUGAUCAUUCUCACAAGUUAUACUCUUAUUUGGAAGACCCUAAAGAAGGCUUAUGAAAUUCAGAAGAACAAGCCAAGAAAUGAUGAUAUUUUUAAGAUAAUUAUGGCAAUUGUGCUUUUCUUUUUCUUUUCCUGGGUUCCCCACCAAAUAUUCACUUUUCUGGAUGUGUUGAUUCAGCUGGGUGUCAUAAAUGACUGUAAAAUUGCAGAUAUUGUGGACACUGCCAUGCCCAUCACCAUUUGCAUAGCUUACUUUAACAAUUGCCUGAAUCCUCUUUUUUAUGGCUUUCUGGGAAAAAAAUUUAAAAAAUAUUUUCUCCAGCUUCUGAAAUACAUCCCCCCAAAGGCUAAAUCUCACUCAAGCCUAUCAACAAAAAUGAGCACGCUUUCCUACCGCCCCUCAGAUAAUGCGAGCUCAUCCUCCAAGAAGCCUGUGCCAUGUUUCGAGGUUGAGUGACAUGUUCGAAACCUGUCUGUGACGUCAUCGAGGGAAAGAAGGAGUAGAAGAAACGUUCCUCUACAGCAAGCACUUCACUACCAAAUAAGCAUUAGUUACCUUUCAAAAUUGAAGGAGCAAAUGGAUUAAGUGACUGAACCAACUUUUGUAAAGCUCUGAACAAAAGCUUUUCCUUCCCUUUGCAGCAAAACAAAGCCAAGCCACAUUUUGUGUUAGAUAAAUGAUGGCUGCUCAAAGAAUGAUGUCGGAAACUAGAUAAACGUGUUGAUUUGGAAAACAUUACUAGCAGAAAUGCAAUCUCCUCUCCUCAAUCUGCUCUUGUUCUAUUAUUUUUGGUUUCCACAUAAAAGUAUUUAGAAUAUAUUAAACCUUUAGCAAAGCAACAGGAGAUCAGAAUUCAAGAUUGUCCUGUCCAAUUUCCAAAGGGCGGUAAAGCUUUUGUACUUGUUCAGCUUCUAGCAACUGUGGCCCACUUGUACUGUUCCUAUGCAUUUUGUACAGAGUUUUGCUAAGCAGUAGUUGUCAAGUUUCAGAAACUUUUGUGAAAUCCAAUCGGUGUCUUAUACAUUCACACUGCCAAAGCAAUGCCAGAAAAAUGGCUUAUUCCUCUAAUGGUGUUACUAAAGUCUCAUAUAAAAGUUAAACUACUUGUAAAGAUGUUAGUCUGGUCCCAGGUAGUUGUGUCCUCCUAGUUAUAUUAGUUUUAUUUCAUAUCUGAGAAGUGUAUAUAGUUUGUGGUAAAAAGAUUAUAUAUCAUAAAGUAUGCCAUAAUGUUUUUUAAAAGUAUAUAUUCUACACAUACAUGUAUAUAUAAAUCUGUACCUCUAAACUGUUGUUACUUGAUUAAAAUCUAGCAAAGUUAUAUGUACCUUAAAAUAAAAUAAUUUUAUUGUAAUGUA